AUGCCGCGCAACCACGCGCUUUGCGCAGGUGAACAUGGGAACGGCAUCGAGCGCGGUCAUCAGUCGCAUCGACCCCCGGGAACAGAUGGUGUGAAACGGCGCCGGGAGGGCGACGACGAGCAACGUAGUGAUGCCGGCGGUUACGGCGCCCGUGCGGCGAAGCGCGGGGGCAAGGGCCGGCGACGCGGCCGCGAGAGCGAGGACCACUCGUUCGGCGCCGGAUUCGCGCGCGAGGGCCGGGCCGCGUUGUCGGAGGAGCGGCGGAGCGCGCUCGAGGCUCAGCGCGCCGCUCUGCCCGUGGCCGGUGCCCGGGAGGCGCUCCUGGACAUGGUGCGCGCGAACCCGGUCACGGUGAUCAUCGGCGAGACCGGCUCGGGGAAGACCACGCAGAUACCGCGGUACCUGCACGAGGCUGGGCUGGCGCGCGGCAAGUGCAUCGCAUGCACGCAGCCGCGGCGGGUGGCGGCCGUGACAGUGGCACGGCGCGUCAGCGAGGAGAUGAACUGCAAGCUAGGGCGCGAGGUAGGGUACAGCGUGCGGUUCGAGGACGUCAGCAGCGGCGCCACGCGCAUCCGAUACAUGACGGACGGGAUGUUGCUUCGCGAGGCGAUCGCGGACCCGGACAUGCGGCGGUACGGCGCCGUCGUCAUCGACGAGGCGCACGAGCGGACAGUGCUCACCGACGUCCUGCUCGGGCUCCUGAAACAGGUCCUCGCGCGGCGGAAGUCGUCGUUCAAGGUCGUCGUCAUGUCGGCCACGCUUGACGCGGGACGCUUUUCUUCCUUCUUCGACAACGCGCCGAUCGGGUACGUCAAGGGACGCACGUACCCCGUGGACAUCCGGUACACGACGGAGCCCGAGGAGGACUACGUCGACGGCGCGGUCAACACCGCCAUCCAGGCCCACCUGACUCAGGGCCCGGGGGACAUUUUGAUGUUCCUGACUGGACAGGAGGAGAUCGAGGCGGCCGAGCGGAUGCUGCGGCAGCGAGCCGACGCGAUCCUCAGGAUCGCGGCGGAACACACGCGUGGGGCGUCCGGCGACGGGGCCGCGGGGGCCGGGCUCGCCCGAGACGCGAGCGCGGCGUUGCGUGAGCGCCUUGCAACGGGGGCCUCCGACGGCGCGCCGGGGCCGUCCGGCGGGGAGGCUGUGGAUGUGGAGCGGACGCCCGGCCCCGCGGGCGGUCCCCUCGGCAUCACGGUGUGUCCGCUGUACGCUGCGAUGAGUCCGGAUGCGCAGGUUCGUGCUUUCGAGCCAGCGAGGGUUGGGCACCGGAAAAUCAUCGUGGCGACGAACAUCGCCGAAACGUCGGUGACGAUCAACGGCGUGCGGUUCGUGGUCGACGUGGGGCUCGUCAAGGCCCGCGGGUACAACGCCAGGCUCGGGGCAGAGUCGCUGCAGGUGGUGCCCAUCUCGCAAGCACAGGCCAAACAACGCGCGGGCCGCGCGGGCCGUGAGGCGCCCGGCAUCUGCUUCCGCGUCUUCACCGAGCGCGCAUACCGCGAGCUCCGUCCCGCGACGACCCCGGACAUCCUGCGGUCCAACUUGGCGUCCGUCGCACUCCAAAUGAAAGCCCUGGGCAUAUCUGAUCUUGCCGCGUUCCCCUUCGUCGACCCGCCACCGAAGCCGGCGCUCCUGCGCGCCCUCGAGCAGCUCUAUGCGCUCGGCGCGCUCGCGCGCGACGGAUCGCUGAGCAGGCCCCUCGGGGAGCGCAUGGCGCGCCUGCCCGUCGAUCCGAUGUAUGCAAAGGCGCUGCUGGCCGCCGCGAAGGCCGGCUGCGUCGCGGAGGCGCUCGUCGUCGUGUCGAUGGUGUCCGGAGACGGCGCGGUGUUCGUGGCCCCCGCGGGGAGGCGGCAGGAGGCGGAUGCGGCGCGCCGAAAGUUCAAGGAGAGCUCGGGGGACCACCUGACGUUGUUGGGGGUGUGGGAGGGGUACCACGCGGUGCCGGAGAAGGCGCGGGGGGUGUGGUGCGCGGACCACUUCGUGAGCGGGCGGUUCAUGCGGAAGGCGGUGGAGAUCCACAAGCAGCUGACGCGGCAGGUGGAGCAGAUGGGGUUGGUGGGGGGGGGGAGUGAGGGGGGAGUCGAGGAGGACGCGGGGCGCGCCACGCUACGGCGGGCGCUGGCAGCCGGGCUGUUCGUGCACGCGGCGAAGCGGCAGCCCGACGGGACGUACGUCGUGCUGGCGACGGGUCAGACUGUGCAUAUACACCCCUCCUCAGUGCUGCAUGCGCAGAACAGGGCGGGGCAGCGGGGAGGCGCGGGCGGGGAGGCGGAGCCGCCGCGGUGCAUCGUGUUCGACGAGCUCGUGCGGACCUCGAAACAAUACGCCAAGACGGUGCUGGCAAUCGAGGAGUCGUGGCUGCCAGAAGUCGCACCAGACUUCUUCAGCGCCGGCGCGGCAUGA